AUGUCGAACACUGUAUGGGAUUACGUCGUUGUUGGUGGAGGGCUUGCCGGAUCCGUUGUUGCUGCUCGACUGUUGCAACUGAAUCCCCUACUAAGGAUUCUUCUUGUUGAAGCAGGACCAGAUGCUAGUGACGAUGAAGGCAUUCUUUACGCAGAUUCAGCAAAUCUCGAUGGAGGAACUUAUGACUGGAAGUAUCAGACGGUGCCUCAAAAGCAUUUAGGCAAUCGAAGGAUCGACCUGCCCUGCGGCAAGGCCCUUGGUGGUGGAAGUGUCAUUAACUACGGCGCAUGGAUUCGAGGCCAUAGAGUCGACUUUGACCUCUGGGGCAAGACAGUUAACGACAAUCGCUGGACAUACGAAGGGCUGUUGCCGUACAUGAAAAUGGCUGAGAACGUCGCCAGCGCCACAGUAGAUUCUCAUGAGCAUGGCACAGACGGCCCUGUACACCUUCAGACAUCUGUUUCAACCAGCCGAGCAUACCCCCUCAGACAGGCUGUUCUAGAGUCCUGGGAGGAAGUAGGCAUUCAGAAGCUGCCCUUUCUAGACGCCAAUGCGGGAAUUCCGCUUGGAGUUGGCGAAUUUUAUGAGAAUAGACGACAGGGUCGUCGCCAAAUCGCUCCAGUAUCUUUCCCACUCAACGGCAUUGCGAUCAUGCCUAACACAAUAGUCGCCAAGAUACUCUUCAAAAAGAAGUCUGCGUACAGUCAGGGGCACGUCCAGGCUUGCGGAAUUCAGCUGGCUGAUGGGACGGAAAUUCAUGGCAAGGAAGUAAUUUUGUCUUUGGGUGCUAUUCGCACGCCUCAGCUGUUAAUGCUUUCUGGCAUCGGGCCGGCUAAUGAGUUGGCCAAACACGGCAUUGAGGUUAUGCUUGACGCACCUCAUGUUGGUGACAACUUGUCGGACCAUGGUCGUAUCGGUACGAUGUGGAAGCUCAACCCUUCUUGGUCCGGAUCUGCAUUAGGUCCUGGUAAUGAAAUAUUUCAGCAACCACAGUACCGUUGGGGCCUGCCUCUUGACUUUGUCGUGACCACGGGCAUCCAGAACAAGGCAGGGCUGGCUGAAGCAAUUGAAGCAGACGAAGGAGUCGCACCGGACCCGGCCACGCACCCUCUCCUAAACCAAGACCGUGCCUUCAAUGAGCAUCUCAUUAUGUAUACGGAUGGUGGCAAUGGCUCGGCAAUUACCUUUGUCCUAGUUAACUUGCUGCCGACAUCGCGUGGCAAGUUGACCAUGUCCACCUCCGAUAUCAAUGACCCGCCACUUAUUGACCCAAACUAUAAUAGUACGGAGGUGGACAAAUUUGUUAUGCGAGAGGGCCUCCGUCUUCAGAUCAAGCUUGCAGGCAGCAAGUUUGCUACGAUGGGUCGGGACAUCCUUGGUGGCGAGCUGGGAAUACCUGGAUUUGAAGGGACUCUGACAUCCGCUUCGACGGACGAGUACCUGAACUCGCGGGUGGCUGCCGGACUAAUUUCGAGCUAUCAUCCUAUGGGAACGGCUGCAAUGGGUAAAGUUGUGGAUGCCGAUCUUAAAGUCAAUGGAGUUUCUGGAUUGCGUGUUGUAGAUGCAUCAGUUUUUCCAAGCGCAAUAACUGGUCAUCCCCAAGUUGCCUUGUAUGCAAUGGCACUUCAAGCUGCCGAGAUCAUUCAUAACCAGGAAUUGAAAUCCGCAAACUGA